CGGAUCCUUGUAAGCAAUAUAUGGGCCUAUUUCCCCACCAUGGUGAUGACGCCAACCCUUGAGCUUUCUGAUGACAGCUGUAGCUUUGCAGGACUCUCCACGGCUAGCCUCACGUCCCCGGCUUCUUCAAGCACCCGCAACACGGAGAGUCCAUUGUUCUUCAGCGAUGAGGAGAUGAUCAAGCAGCUGGACUUUUCCACAAUUAUGACGCCUAUAAUAAAGGACACGCUAAAGGAGACAAUCUGGAAACGUCUGGAGGAAACCGGCAAGCCAGUACCGGAAGUGGAGCUAAGGCCCUCAUGUACAGAAACGUUAACAAAAGAGGAGGAGGACAAAAGACAAAUCCGCCGGUUGAGGAACAAGUUAGCUGCACAGAAGUGUAGGAACCGGAAGCGCGAACGAGGUGACAUGCUGGAACAGCAAGCUGAACAAUUGGAGGCUCGCCGGGAUAGUUAUCAGGAGGAGAUAGAGCGGCUCAAGAGGGAGCAAGAAGUUCUACAGGACAUGCUCGAUGCGCAUGCGCCAUUCUGUAAGAAGCAUCGACCAUGCGCACACAACACCAUUCAGUGUUUGAACAAUGACCAUACGUACACGCUGAUGGACUGCACUGACCACUCUUCGGCCGUUCCGUCUUUGUCAGACGUGGAGGGUGAGUGAAGACUAACCAUGCAGCACAGAAAGGGACGCAAAUUCUUGAAGUUGACCUCUUCACAGAUUGGAUCAUUCAGACAGUUACGGGCUAUCUGUCAUGACGCCAUAGCCGGCCUCGUUUUGAUCAUGAUUUGCUCAGAAUGUAUAACCAAGGAGAUUGCUCAAACUUACUCCUAUACUGGAGACUUUUUACAAGUCACUGAAUACGAGGAAUUUGAUCAAUAUACCAUCAGAGAACUGGUAAAAGUAAAAACGACGACAGCCGACCGAUAUUCGAUGUUUUAGUGAUGAAGAAAUUUUUGCUCUUCUUUUAAAGAAUGUGAUCGGUAUAUGGUUUGUAAAAUAAUAAGGCAUUUACAACCAACUUUUGGACAGAUGUUUCAUGGUUGUUAUCGAUGAGUCACUUUAUGACGUACUUACAUGUACAUUUACUUAAUAUGCGAUUAUUGAGGAACUGAAGAUUGUUGUUAAAAGAACAUCUUAGUGUAUUUGUCAACCAUUGCUUAUUGGAAUGUGACUUAGUUUAUAGACACCAAUAGGGUUUAGAGAGAGUAACCUUUCCAUGACCCCUGCACGCAUACGAUGCUGACCAUACAUCCGUUAAAGUAUUUGAGGUAUGAUUGAAAAUCGUAUUGCAUUUGGCUGAAACAAUGGCCCUAUAUAUGUAUAUACAAACAUAUACAUUUGGUAAAUAAAACCUCAUCACCUAGAUGGAUGGAUUCAGCAAGGAAAGGACAUUAUUGGUUUUCGGUGUAGGCUGAAUGCUUAAUCAUGCAUUUUUACAGGCGAACAAAUUGGCUCAUUCCUCUACGAUAUAUACAUAGUGUAACCGAAAACGUACAUACAAAACCUAUAUGUAUUUUGAACUAUAUGAGUGUUUGACCUUGAUUGUUGUUUAUUCAGAUACUGUUUAUUGUUAAUGUUUGUGUGAAUUUUGAGUUGCCAAAGUGCGAUGUGGCAUGUAAGUUAUGUAUUAGUUAGAGUCUAUCAUCCUGUCUGAAUGUGAAUUGAUCUGAACUCAUAUUUCCAACUUAAUAAAUUUUGUUAUGUUUUAAGA